AUGAUUAGACAACUAUUAUAUGGGCAACGAGAAUUCAAGAAAUUUUGCGGUGUUUCCUCAGAGACAUUCUGGUUGCCUGAUACAUUUGGUUAUUCUGCACAGCUUCCUCAGAUAAUGCAACACUGUGGAAUGGGGUAUUUUGUUACUCAAAAAAUGAGCUGGUCGAUAGUUAAUAAAUUUCCGCAUCACUCAUUUCGGUGGGUUGGUAUUGAUGGUACUUACGUGAUCGCUCAUUUUCCUCCAAAUCAUUACGUAUCACAGAUCACAGUGAAAGAAUGCUUGGAUUCUCGGGAUAAUUUUACAGACCACGGGCGUUCAAACAUAGCAAUGAUGCUCUAUGGAUUUGGGGACGGAGGCGGAGGGCCGAAUAAAGAUAUGUUGGAAAGGGCUGAGCGAUUAACAGAUUGUGAUGGAGUACCUCGAGUACAGCAUGCGACACCUCAAGAAUUCUUCACUAAGCUGACAAAAGAUGUGGACAAUUUAUGUAUUUGGAAAGGCGAAUUGUAUUUGGAAUUACAUAACGCAACCUAUACUACACAAGCUAGAAUCAAGAAGAUGAAUAGGCUGUUGGAAAGCAUUCUAAAGGAUCAUGAAUUUCUGCAGUCAAUGUCACUUCUUGAAUUCAACGAUGGUAAGCCUCUUACAUCUCAGUGGCAACGUUUCUUACUCAAUCAAUUCCAUGAUGUCCUCCCGGGCAGUUGUAUUAAAGAAGUGGUAGCCGAUGCAGUUGAGAUUUAUAUUAUUUUAUUGGACGAGCUUGCUGUCGAUGGUGGAAAACGAUUGAAGUGGGAAGGUGAAAGUCAUGAAACAACACCGAAUGAAUGGGUAAUUAACAGUUGCAAUUGGCCAAGAAUUUUGUUUCACAAUAAUCGCCUUCUGCGUUUGGAGCCGUUCUCUAUUAUGCGUUUGAAUGAAGUUGAAUUAUUCAAGACAUCUUUGAGCAAUAAACCAUUGGUUUCGAAAUAUGACACUGAAUUCAGAAUGCAAAAUCGUUAUAUUACUGCGUCUAUUGAUAAGAUGGGUCGCAUUACGAAACUAUUGGUGCAUUGCCUGAGCGAAGCAAGUAGUGUUAAAGAAUAUUUCUCAUCAAUCCCUGAAAACAAUUUCGCUAAUCAGUUUGUUAUUUUUGAUGAUGUGCCCCUUUUUUGGGAUGCAUGGGAUGUGAUGGAUUAUCAUAUGGAAACAAAAGAAGUUAUUAAUUCAGAUUCGCAAGCAGUUCUACUCAGGAAUACACCAUUGGAGGCCUGCAUCUGUGUCAAAUUUGCAAUAAGCGAAAAAAGCUCUCUAAUGCAAUAUAUUAGUAUAUAUGCACAUCUGCCUUACUUGAUUUUUGAUGUCACGGUGCAAUGGUAUGAAUCACAUAAAUUUCUAAAAGUUGAGUUCCCAACAAAUGUUCAUGACAUGGAUGCUUUUUAUGAUAUACAGUUUGGUCAUGUAAAGCGCCCAACACAUCGAAACACCUCUUGGGAUGCUGCAAAGUAUGAAGUUGUUGGACACAAGUGGAUGGCUCUGAGUGAAUUCGAUCGAGGCAUUGCGCUUUUGAAUGAUUGCAAAUAUGGUCACUCAUGCACAGGCAAUACUAUGACGUUGUCUUUGCUUCGAGCAAGUAAAAUUCCAGAUGAUACUGCUGAU